CAUCACCGAGCCCGUGUCCGGUGGCGCGAGGGCAUCACAGCUCAAAGACAGUCCAUCCAGAGGGUCCCUCGGCUUGCUUGUGUCAUCUCUUGGCGUGGAGAUGGGCUUCCCGUAAAACCGGCGGUGGUGGAGGGGAGCGGCGGGCCGGCGGGGGGUGGGGGGGAGAAGCGAGAGACUAGAGAGUGAGGAGGUGGAGAGAAAAAAGCCGAGGAGGACGAGAAACAAAAGCACAACCGUGGGUGCCUGCAACAACCAUGAGCAGCGGUGGCUUGCCCUAUUCAGCAGAGCUGCUGCUCUACCCGUGGACGAUGUCGUGAGGUGUGGCUCGCAACGCUAAGUAGCAGGGAUUCUGUCAGUCGAAACGACAGUAGCAAGCCAAGGAGGGGUGCUGGUGGAAAAGAUGUCGACCGCCUCGGUGGGGCCCCAGGGCGGCCCUCGCCCACCCACCGCGCCGCCGACCGUUCCCGAACUGCCGGACCUCAGCCAUCUCACGGAGGAGGAGAGGAAAAUAAUCAUGGCCGUAAUGGAUCGGCAGAAGGAGGAAGAGGAGAAAGAGGAAGCCGUGUUAAAGACGCUGCACCAGCAGUUUGAGAGUUACAAGGAGCAGGUGCGUCGCAUCGGCGUGGAGACACGGCGCCAGCAGCAGGGCCAGCACAAGGACGACGCCCCCACCUGCGGCAUCUGCCGCAAGACCAAGUUCGCCGACGGCUGCGGACACCACUGCUCCUACUGCCAGACCAGAUUCUGCGCCCGCUGCGGCGGACGCGUCUCCCUGCGCUCCAACAACGAGGACAAAGUGUGUCUCAUAGUGAAGGAAAGGGUAAUGUGGGUAUGCAACCUGUGCCGUAAGCAACAGGAGAUCCUCACCAAAUCGGGAGAAUGGUUUUCGGGGCCGGGGACGAGGCAGAUGAGCCUGGACGGCGGCCUGAAUGCCCCGCCCACGGGGGGUGACACCCAACGGGGGGACAGGAAGCUACUCCGCUCCAGGUCCCAGGCCCCGCCCUCUUCCAGCGGUAACGCAGGGGCGGCGCCCGACGGAACGCAUCAUCCGCCAACGGUACCGGCCAAGGGAGCGUUGGACACCAUGCCGGCGUCACGCGCUCGGAGCGAACCACCACGAGACAAGAAAAGACCUGUGUCCCUCCAUGAACAGAACGGUAAGCCUGGUGGUCCUGGUCGUGGUAGAGGAGGCCGGGGACCCCCAGGGAAGCUUCAGACCGUGGCCUCCCAGGAGGAGUUCUGCGGUCCCGGGGACAUAGACUGGCGGGACGGCCGGCACCUGGAGAAGGUCCGCUCCCAUGACUACCCCGACGGCGGCGACCAAGGAAAUCGCCCCGACCUCCGGAGACGCCCCCCGGAGGAGGAUGAGCUGGAGCGCAAGCGGCGCCAGGAGGAGGAGUUCCAGACGCGUUACCGCAGCGACCCCAACCUGGCGCGCUACCCGGUCAAGCCGCAGAAGGAGGAGCAGGAGAUGCGCAUGCACGCCAAGGUGUCGAAGGUGCGCCACGAGCGGCGCCACAGCAACAACGCCAUCAAUGAGGUGGGGCUGGAGGGCGGGGGAGGAGGGGGAGGGAACAUGGGGGAUGUGCCUGAGAAUCGUCUCCGGAGGGGCGGCGGUGGGAUUGGUGGAGAACCGGACCGCAAGGCAUCCUUGGAGAACCACCGCACCUACUCCAUGGACAGGACCGUGGGGGGUGGUGGGGGUGGCGGAAUUGGGCAGGGACCCCAGGGAGGUCCCCCCCUCCUCAAACAGAACCAGAACCACGGACCCCUUCAACCAUCCGGUGGUGGCCCGCGAACGGGCCCCCAUCCUGGUGCUCCUCACCCCCACCAAGGACCCCCACCCCCAGCAGGCUGGGAUCCCCCUAAGGGACCCCACCCCAGCCAACUGGACCCCAAUUCCCAGGCAGCCAUGAUGCACAAGGCUAGGAGGGAGAAGUCCGGGGACAGCCUGCUGCGGAAGGACUCCCAGAGCUCGGACCAGUCGGAGUCGCUGCGGCCGCCCCCACCCAGGCCCUACAAGAGCAAACGGGGCGUCAACAAGAGGCAGAUGUCUAUAAGCAGCUCAGAGGAGGAGGGCGCCUCCACGCCAGAGUACACCAGCUGUGAGGACGUGGACAUGGAGAGCGUCAGUGAAAAAGGUGAUUGGGACUGCCAUCCUCUGGAUCCUGCUGUGUGGCAUCAUCCAGUGACAUGGCAGCCGUCCAAGGAGGGCGACCACUUAAUCGGACGCAUCACUCUGAGCAAAAGGUCGGCCAUGCCCCGCGAGGCAGGCUCCUUACUAGGGUUAAAGGUUGUGGGUGGGAAGAUGACAGAGACAGGGAGACUGGGGGCCUUCAUCACCAAAGUCAAGAAAGGAAGUCUGGCGGACAUUGUUGGCCACCUACGAGCUGGUGAUGAGGUACUGCAGUGGAACGGGAAGUCGUUGCCGGGAGCAACCAAGAAGGAAGUGUACAACAUCAUUCUGGAAUCCAAGGCGGAGCCUCAAGUGGAAAUAGUUGUCUCAAGGCCUAUUGGAGACAUACCAAGAAUUCCAGAAACAUCACAUCCUCCUUUAGAAUCGACGGGCUCCAGUUCCUUUGAGUCUCAGAAGAUGGAGCGUCCCUCCAUAUCGGUCAUGUCCCCCACCAGCCCUGCUACCCUCAGAGCCCUCCCCGUCAUCCUGCCUGGACAGCUCUCUGUAAAGCUGUGGUAUGACAAAGUGGGCCAUCAACUGAUCGUCAACGUCCUUCAAGCCAUAGACCUGCCCCCCCGACCGGACGGGCGACCCAGGAACCCCUACGUCAAGAUGUACUUCCUCCCUGACCGAAGUGAUAAGAGCAAGCGCAGGACCAAGACGGUAAAGAAGAGCGCUGGGCCCAAGUGGAACCAGACGUUCCUGUACUCCCACGUCCACCGCAGGGACUUCAGAGAACGCAUGCUGGAGAUCACUGUCUGGGACCAACCUAGAAUACAGGAGGAGGAGAGUGACUUCCUGGGAGAGAUCCUGAUAGAGCUGGAGACUGCCCUGCUGGACGACAUCCCUCACUGGUAUAAACUCCAGACCCACGACGUGUCCUCUCUACCUCUGCCCCAGCCAUCCCCUUACCUCCCGCGCAGACACGCCUCUCACGACAGCCCCAGCAAGAAACUACAGAGGUCCCAUCGCAUCAUUGACACAGAGUUUGAUGAUACAGGUGCAGAGCGUAACUCGAGGGAGAGGGAGAGGAACAGCACCCUGACUGUCCCAGAGCAGCAGAGACUGGCCCAGCACCGCUCCAGAUCGGUGUCCCCUCACCGCGAGGACAUAACAAGGGCCCGCUCCCGCCCUGCACACGUCCCCAUGCAGAGGAGUCUGGAUGAGAUCCAUCAGAACCGCCACCACUCCUGCUCCCCCUCUCGUUACCAUGACUCCCACGGGGAGCACCGCUCCGGGGACUCGGACUACGAGUACUCCGAGGACAGUGAGGUCCUCGAGAUGCACAGGUCUAUCCGAGGCGGGAGUGCCGAGUGCCUGCACACAAACAGUGAUCUGCAGCCCAGUCUGGACCGGGUGAGGAGUGCCAGCACCACCUGCCUCAGACCUGACACCAACCUCCACUCUCCUGAUAAAGACAGAUGCUCCAACUCUCUGCCCCGCAGACAGCCCGCAGGCCCCAGGAUUUUAGUAGAGCAGGCCUCCCCAGAGGAAGAAAGGCAGUCAGGGAGCCUGGGCAGACCUGACAGUCAGAGAGGUAACAGCAAGAAAGGCCUGGAGGCUGACAGUCGUAUCCAGCCCACCUCUAUACUAAGGGGCAGUAGGGGGAGAGGGGGACCGCUGCGCCCCUUUAACCAGACACCCCUGGGCGGAUCUGCCCCUAACUCACCACGACAGGACAGAACACACACCCACAGCCCCUCCCCUCCUACGGGGACUCCCCAGUCAGGUCGCAGGGGCAGACAGCUGCCACAGGUUCCUGCCAGAAGCAGUAGUGUAGAGCAAGCUCUAGCAGUAGAGGAGCGAGCCAGACAGAUGAACAUGAAAGUACAUUCCUACCGGCCUUCAGCAUCCCAUGACCCCGAGACGGACCUCAAGACCAAACGAGAGAUGUAUGCGGAUCAGCGGCGGAGCUCUGACAACGUGUCGGCCCGCUCGUCAGACAGCGACAUGAGUGACGCGUCGGCCCUAUCCCGCGCCAGCAGUGCCUCACGCCUCAGCAGCACCUCCUACAUGUCCAUCCAAUCAGAACGCCCGCGCGGGCGGCUCAGGUCCAAGUCUUUAGAGGACGAGAAGAAGGAGAGGAGGAUCUCGUCGGGGAUGAAUGGAGAGCAGGAGAGGAUGAGGGCAGCAGGGAAGAGACGGUUCUCUCAAGAGCUGAAGAGGAGGAGACACACUGUGUCUGGGGACCCCAAAGACGCCAGUCGGCAGGUUCGUGCGGCGCCAGGCCGGACCAUGCUGAAGAGCACAAGCGUGAGCGGUGAGAUCUACGCGUCAGAGCGUACCGACGGCAGCCAAUCGGAUACGGCGCUGGGCACGGUGGGCAUGGGUGGCAAGAAGAGACGCUCCAGCCUCAGUGCCAGGGUGGUCUCCAUCGUCUCCAACAGACGUAGUCGCAGCACGUCGCAGAUCAUCGGCCCGGAGGGGAAGGGGAAAAAGGAGAAGGGUGCGUCCAUCCAGAGGAGCACAGAGACGGGCAUGGCUGUAGAGAUGACCAGGAACAUGAGUCGACAGUCCAGUAAAGAGUCCACCAACGGCACCAUGAACAGCUGCAAUUCCGAGGGAAAUCUGCUUUUCGGUGGGGUGCGUCUGGGACAGCCAGGCAACCAGUUCAGCGACUUCCUGGAUGGUCUGGGUCCCGCCCAGCUGGUGGGCAGACAAACGCUGGCCACACCUGCCAUAGGUGAUAUUCAGAUCGGAAUGAUGGACAAGAAGGGUCAGCUGGAGGUGGAGGUGAUCAGAGCUCGGGGCCUUGUACAAAAGCCUGGAUCCAAAUCCCUCCCUGCUCCAUACGUCAAGGUCUAUCUGUUGAAUAAUGGAGCGUAUGUAGCCAAAAAGAAAACCAAGAUUGCACGGAAAACGCUGGACCCGCUGUACCAGCAAGCGCUGCAAUUCGAGGAGAGCCCACAGGGUAAAGUCUUACAGGUGAUCGUCUGGGGAGACUACGGACGAAUGGACCACAAAAGCUUCAUGGGAGUUGCACAAAUCCUAUUGGAGGAACUAGACUUAACAAGCACAGUGAUUGGCUGGUACAAGUUGUUCCCACCCUCCUCUUUAGUGGACCCCACACUAGCCUCCCUGACUCGACGUGCUUCCCAGUCGUCACUGGACAGCUCCUCGGGCCCACCGGGCACCCGAUCCUAGUGGACCAAUAGGACUACAGCUACCAAUCUUAAUGGACCAAUGGGACUAUAGCUAGCCUACCGCUUUGUGAAACGAAUUAACGUCACCUUAGAGAUUAACGGACAAAAAUUAUUGUAGAACAACAACAAUCAAGAAAAAGAGUCACAAAUGAUUUAAAAAAAAGCUUUGUUGAGAUCUGACAAUCACUCCUAGCAUCAUUUAAUUUGUUUGUUUGUUUUAGAGAGCGUAAGGUUUCAGUGUUUCAUUCCAAUAACGAAUUCAUCAUCGUUUUUUCGCGGUUGUAAUCUAAGAACUAGGGCUGUCGAUAAUAAACAAUGUUUGGUAGCUAGGUAAGGCUGUACUGGAGUCGAGCGGUAAGGAGACACUCGAUUCAUUGAAGAAACUACGUAGAAAUGUAAAUGUGAAAGGAAGAAGGGUGGUAGUUUUUAGUCAAACCAUCAAUAAACAAAGAAAUGUAUGUUAGCAUCAGAAUGUAUGACAGAGGUGUCAUCCUCCUUGUCCCUCAGGGGAUGCCAUAAUGUCCUCUCCGCAGUGGCCCCCAUCCGGCCCCCAAACAGACUGCCAGCACUUCGGCCCCCAGGGCAGAGUGCUUCUGGGUGGGGUCGGUCCGGGCAAGCAGGGGUCUCCUUCUGGUGCCUAGACUUUGUGGAUUCACAUUACUGGUCCUUCUCUGACAAAUAUCAUUUUUUUUGUUUUCAAUAUGUUUACCAUGGCUGGUCCAAGCCGCUCUCUCGUUUUUGUCUUUGGUACGUUUUACUCUUUUUUUUCUCCCUUUGUUACUUAUGGCACAACAAUGUUUUUAUGAUGAGUAUGAGGUUUACGAUGAGUUGUCUGAUGUAUGCAUGGUGAAGAAUAAAAAAGACACAAGGAAAAAAUACGAAAUAGAGAAAAUUAGAUCAUGUGUCUGCAAUGAGAUGCAGGGGACUGUUCAGUGACACAUCUUAAAUGACGAUUUUUACACUUGACGAUGAGAUUAGUGUGGGAUUGCAAUGUUGUUUUCUUCAUUCAGUCACCUACAAAAAGUCCAACCCAGUUGUCUUUGUAUAGAUGUAUAUUAAGACCUCCAUUAUCUUGACCAAUAAAUAGAAUUAUACAUUUAA